AUGGUAACGGGACUGUUUGGUGCGAUGAUAUACGGAGAGGUAUAUGCUUGCUUGGCAAAAGGAGGGAUCGAAACAACGGAGAAGAGAGAGACAUCUACAUUUUUGACCACCAUACUUGAAUCAAAGCCAUGGAAAGUCCUCUAUGCCUUCCUGCGCAAGAAAAACCAUCCAUUUGCAAAAGAUCCAAUAACAUUCCGUUACUGGAUGGCACAAUUGUGGUUCCUUCAUUAUUCACGCGCUCGAGGCGGAGCCGAUACCUCAGGCUUCGAGCAUGUUUUUAUUGGAGAGGUGAAAAACCAUGAAAUCACAGGGAUGCAUAACUGGAUCAGCUUUUAUCAGCUGGACAAGAAUGAGACGAAAGAGUUUGACUACAAAGGAUAUGUCAUAAAACGAGGAGUACGUUGCAAUAGAGUUGAAAUCGACGGCUACCCACUUGCUAUCACCAGUUUUGACAUUGUUCAAAAUAACAAGGUUUCAUCGGCUCAAUCUUCCCGACAGCAGGUCCGAUCACCAAGAAGUGCCAGGGAAUUUGGAGGACGACUGACAAUUUAA